AUGACGGAAAAAAUUUUAUUUUCCGACGAGAAGUAUUUUGAUAUCGAUGGAAUUUAUAACAAACAGAACGAUCGAAUUUAUGCUCUCACACGUGAAGAAGCUGAUCGCAAAGGUAGUAUGCAUUGCAAAACGCAACAUCCGGUUCAUGUUAUGGUAUGGUUGGAAUCCUGUUAUCAAGGGGUCAGAAGACCAGUUAUCAUUGAAAAAGGUACAAUUAAUGCUGCUCGAUACAUCGAAGAAAUUCUUCCCCUAGCAUUGAAAGAUGGGAAAAGAUUAUUAGGCAAUGACUUUAUUUCUCAACAAGAUGGUGCAUCGCCUCAUAAGAACGGAAAACGGUCAUGGUGCAAACAACAUUUUCCAGAUCUUUGGUCUUAUGGACACUGGCCGCCAAAUAGUUCAGAUCUCAACCCUCUGGACUAUUGUAUAUGGUCUGAACGUAGCGAGCAGACGAACUGGAGUCGUAUUACAAACAAACAGACAUUAAUUCAUCAAAUUAAACAAGCUGUUAAAGAGCUAAGAAUGGAAGUGGUGCGUCGCAGUAUGACAAGCUGGACUAAUCGAGUGUAUCAAAUGUUACAGCGUGAAGGAGAAUAUGUUUUUUGA